ACCUGCUCCCCUGCUCUGUGCACCCUCCACCCACAGCAGGAGGAGGCAGAGGGACCAGGACGCCUCUCAGGCUGCCUUCACUGACAGCUCAGGGGCCUCGCCGACGAGGCAUGGCUCAUCUCAGCUUCAGUGAGCCGUCCCUCCUCACCCCAAAUGAAAACAUCCUAUUUGAGGGAUUGUCAAGCAACCGUCACCCCAGUGUUGUACAAAAGCGACCCCCCCCUCCUCCUCCAUUUUCCAAGUCAUCAGUCAUGCUCCCCUGCAAUACCUGCCACCCAUCCGGGACCAGCCAGCAGCAAAUCCACCAGCAAGUCCAAAGCUGCAGCAGACCGGCCUAUAUUCACUUCUCCCAGGCCAUCCAGCCCGGCUCCAAGCCAAGACCAGUGAGGCGCCAUUCGCACAACCCGGCCCUGAGCUCAGAGAUGGUACAGCAGGGUGACCUCCGACCUUUAGUGAUGCAGUAUCGCAACUCAUCGUCUCAGGGAGAGCCUUUGUGUGUUGUUGGGAAGCCUUGUCUCCCGAGCUGCAGGGAGCGUCCUGCUCUGGCUGCUGCCGCCAGUCCGGCUCGCACUCAGCUUCAUGUGUUUCUGCCCACAGAGGCUGAGGGAGAGGAGGUGGACAGUGAGUCUGUGGAUGAAGGCUUCAUGGAUGAGUUGGACAAUAAGAUAACUUCUCUCAAGCUCCAGCAGGGAGCACUAAAGACACUGACGUUCUAAGGGUGCUCCGAUUGAUUGGCCGCCAAUCGUUAUCGGACGAUAUUUGUUUUAAAUAGUUUGAUUUGUGGUCUCUAUAAAGGCCGAUCAGAAGAUGGAAGACACUAAAAUUGUUUUUAUCUGUGUUGUGAGUUGUGUCUCUAAAGCCUCUUUUACACAGCCUGCUCAAGGCGGGACUGUGGUGCCGUUAUUCCGCCUCGAUGCUCUGCAUAAAAGGUAUGAACACAGAAUGGAGGGGCAUUGUUGCCCAGCCGCUAAGCUUGCAGCGGAAGUAGUCACAGAGCCGAAUCGACGUCUGUGUAAAAGGGACAGCCAGCAUGUCGGGGGCUAUACGCACACACACACACUAGACGCCGACGCUGUUGUGUUACACGUCACGCCGACAUGCUAUCUACAGUAAAAUCUCAACUGGCGCAGCAUUAUGCCGGCUUUGUUUGGUUCAGUGUAAAAAAGCAAAGGCGAGGUAAAGAGGGGUCUUAUUUGAAGCAGUGGGAUCUCUGUAUGAGGUCUCGGUCACACCUGCGCAAAAUCAACAUUGUCCUGCUUUUGACUUCCAUUCAUUGCGUGCAAAGGGGCGAACACACAUUUGGCGAAGCAAACUUGCAUCUUCGCUUUGCGUGGAGUCAACUUUGGUGAACUUUCAGGCACUUGCCUGCUUUCAUGCAUGUGUGACCUUGCCCUUAAAGGGCCAGUGUGUAGUACUUGAGGAGAACCAUUAGUAGAAAAUCAAGAGAAGUCUUGCUGCAGCAAACCGUGAUAUUUUAGACAAUACAAGCCUAAAACUGUGUGGCAGCAUGUUUCUUUCCUGCUUCAACAUGGCAAUGCCCCUGUGCACAAAGCCAAAACACAUUUUGUUUUUUUGUUUGUUUGGUGUGGAAGAACUUGACCUCAAUCUUGUCCAAUGAUGAACUGGAACGCAGACUGCAAGCCAGACCUCAUCAUCCAACAUCAGUGUUUAUGUAAUGUUUGGCUAUCCACAUACUUUUGGCCAUAUAGUGUACGUCUUUAAAUGCAGCCUGGACCAAAACAUUAAUUUAGACUUUGGCCUGCUAAAAGGCAAUGCAUUGAACC